AUGGGAUGCACAUGUGUACUUGGGUGUGUAUGUGCUCUCCCAUGCGUCCGGGCUGUGCCCACACACUCGCACCCUCUCCCGCUUAUUCUCCUUCACAGGGCUGAGGCUCCCGGCCCCAUGAUUCCCGCCUCUGCAGGACCUGAGCGCCUCGGCCCGCGGCCCCGGCCUGCCAUGUCACUGCCACGUCUGAGCCUGCGGGUCCUCCCGCUACUGCUGCUGCUGCUGGGGGGCGCACGGGCGGCAGCGGGGGCACCCAGGGCUGGUGGGGGGCCGCAGCCCGCCUUCCGCACCUUCUCGGCCAGCGACUGGGGCCUUACCCACCUGGUGGUCCACGAGCAGACCGGCGAGGUGUACGUGGGCGCGGUGAACCGCAUCUACAAGCUCUCGGGGAACCUGACGCUGCUGCGGGCCCACGUGACGGGGCCUGUGGAGGACAACGAGAAGUGCUACCCGCCCCCCAGCGUGCAGUCGUGCCCACACGGCCUGGGCAGCACCGACAACGUCAACAAGCUGCUGCUCCUGGACUACGCCGCCAACCGUCUGCUGGCCUGCGGCAGCGCCUCCCAGGGCAUCUGCCAGUUCCUGCGGCUGGACGACCUCUUCAAGCUGGGCGAGCCCCACCACCGCAAGGAGCACUACCUGUCCAGCGUGCGGGAGGCGGGCAGCAUGGCCGGCGUGCUGAUCGCCGGGCCGCCGGGCCAGGGCCAGGCCAAGCUCUUCGUGGGCACGCCCAUCGACGGCAAGUCCGAGUACUUCCCCACGCUGUCCAGCCGCCGGCUCAUGGCCAAUGAGGAGGACGCCGACAUGUUCGGCUUCGUGUACCAGGACGAGUUCGUGUCGUCGCAGCUCAAGAUCCCCUCGGACACGCUGUCCAAGUUCCCGGCCUUCGACAUCUACUACGUGUACAGCUUCCGCAGCGAGCAGUUCGUCUACUACCUCACCCUGCAGCUGGACACGCAGCUGACCUCGCCCGACGCCGCCGGCGAGCACUUCUUCACCUCCAAGAUCGUGCGCCUGUGCGUGGAUGACCCCAAGUUCUACUCGUACGUCGAGUUCCCCAUUGGCUGCGAGCAGGCGGGCGUGGAGUACCGCCUGGUGCAGGACGCCUACCUGAGCCGGCCCGGCCGCGCCCUGGCCCGCCAGCUGGGCCUGGCCGAGGACGAGGACGUGCUGUUCACCGUGUUCGCGCAGGGCCAGAAGAACCGCGUGAAGCCACCCAAGGAGUCCGUGCUGUGCCUGUUCACGCUCAGGGCCAUCAAGGAGAAGAUCAAGGAGCGCAUCCAGUCCUGUUACCGUGGCGAGGGCAAGCUGUCGCUGCCCUGGCUGCUCAACAAGGAGCUGGGCUGCAUCAACUCGCCCCUGCAGAUCGACGACGAUUUCUGUGGGCAGGACUUCAACCAGCCUCUGGGGGGCACAGUCACGAUCGAGGGCACGCCCCUCUUCGUGGACAAGGACGACGGUCUGACCGCUGUGGCUGCCUAUGACUACCGGGGCCGCACCGUGGUGUUCGCCGGCACGCGAAGUGGCCGCAUCCGCAAGAUCCUGGUAGACCUGGGAAACCCUGGCGGCCGGCCAGCCCUGGCCUAUGAGAGUGUGGUGGCCCAAGAGAGCAGCCCUAUCCUGCGUGACCUGGUCCUCAGCCCCGACCGCCAGUACCUCUAUGCGAUGACUGAAAAGCAGGUGACUCGUGUGCCCGUGGAGAGCUGUGUGCAGUAUGCAUCGUGCGAGCUGUGCCUGGGGUCGCGGGACCCCCACUGCGGCUGGUGUGUCCUGCACAGCAUCUGCUCACGGCAGGACGCCUGUGAGCGGGCGGACGAGCCCCAGCGCUUCGCCUCCGACCUGCUGCAGUGCGUGCAGCUGACGGUGCAGCCUCGAAACGUCUCUGUCACCAUGUCUCAGGUUCCGCUUGUGCUGCAGGCCUGGAACGUGCCCGACCUCUCGGCUGGCGUCAACUGCUCCUUUGAGGACUUCACCGAGUCCGAGAGCAUCCUGGAGGACGGCCGCAUCCACUGCCGCUCGCCCUCUGCUCGGGAGGUGGCGCCCAUCACACGAGGCCAGGGAGACCAGCGGGUGGUCAAGCUUUACCUGAAGUCUAAGGAGACAGGCAAGAAGUUUGCGUCCGUGGACUUCGUCUUCUACAACUGCAGCGUCCACCAGUCUUGCCUGUCUUGUGUCAACGGCUCCUUCCCCUGCCACUGGUGCAAAUACCGCCACGUGUGCACACACAACGCUGCCGACUGCGCCUUUCUGGAGGGCCGUGUCAACGUGUCUGAGGACUGCCCGCAGAUCCUGCCCUCCACCCAGAUCUACGUGCCGGUGGGCGUGGUGAAGCCCAUCACCCUGGCCGCGCGCAACCUUCCGCAGCCGCAGUCGGGCCAGCGUGGGUACGAGUGCCUCUUCCACAUCCCGGGGAGCCCGGCCCGCGUCACUGCCCUGCGCUUCAACAGCUCCAGCCUGCAGUGCCAGAACUCCUCGUAUUCCUACGAGGGCAAUGAUGUCAGCGACCUGCCCGUGAACCUGUCGGUGGUGUGGAACGGUGACUUCGUCAUCGACAACCCUCAGAACAUCCAGGCCCACCUCUACAAGUGCCCGGCCCUUCGAGAGAGCUGCGGCCUCUGCCUCAAGGCCGACCCGCGCUUUGAGUGCGGUUGGUGCGUGGCUGAACGCCGGUGCUCCCUGCGCCCCCACUGCCCCGCCGAUGCACCUGCCGCCUGGAUGCAUGCCCGCCAUGGCAGCAGCCGCUGCGCUGACCCCAAGAUCCUUAAGCUGUUCCCCGAGACGGGCCCGCGGCAAGGAGGCACACGGCUCACCAUCACGGGUGAGAACCUGGGCCUGCGCUUUGAGGACGUGCGGCUGGGCGUGCGCGUGGGCAAGGUGCUGUGCAGCCCCGUGGAGAGCGAGUACAUCAGUGCUGAGCAGAUCGUCUGCGAGAUCGGGGACGCCAGCACAGUGCGAUCUCACGACGCCCUAGUGGAGGUGUGCGUGCGAGACUGCUCUCCUCACUACCGGGCCUUGUCACCCAAGCGCUUCACCUUCGUGACUCCAACCUUCUAUCGAGUGAGCCCUGCCCGAGGGCCUCUUUCCGGGGGCACCUGGAUUGGCAUCGAGGGCAGCCACCUGAACGCAGGCAGUGACGUGGCUGUGUCUGUUGGCGGCCGGCCCUGCUCCUUCUCCUGGUAUGGGAGCUGCCUGGUAUACAAUGACACCACCAUGGUGUGCCGUGCCCCGUCAGUGGACAACCCUACACGUAGCCCACCAGAGCUGGGGGAGCGGCCAGAUGAGCUGGGCUUCAUCAUGGACGACGUGCGUGCCCUGCUGGUGCUCAACUCCUCCUCCUUCCUCUACUACCCGGACCCUGUGCUGGAGCCACUCAGCCCCACGGGCCUCCUGGAACUGAAGCCCAGCUCUCCACUCAUCCUCAAGGGCCGGAACCUCCUGCCACCUGCGCCCGGCAACUCGCGGCUCAACUACACGGUGCUCAUCGGCUCCACACCCUGCGCCCUCACCGUGUCAGAGACCCAGCUGCUCUGCGAGUCCCCCAACCUCACGGGGCAGCACAAGGUCACGGUCCGGGCUGGUGGCUUCGAAUUCUCUCCAGGGAUGCUGCAGGUGUACUCAGACAGCCUGCUGACCCUGCCUGCCAUCGUUGGCAUUGGCGGGGGCGGAGGCCUCCUGCUGCUGGUCAUCGUAGCCGUGCUCAUCGCCUACAAGCGCAAGUCUCGGGACGCCGACCGCACCCUCAAGCGGCUGCAGCUACAGAUGGACAACCUGGAGUCCCGCGUGGCUCUGGAGUGCAAGGAAGCCUUUGCAGAGCUGCAGACGGACAUCCACGAGCUGACCAACGACCUGGAUGGUGCCGGCAUCCCGUUCCUCGACUACCGGACAUAUGCCAUGCGGGUGCUCUUCCCCGGGAUUGAGGACCACCCAGUGCUCAAGGAGAUGGAGGUGCAGGCCAACGUGGAAAAGUCGCUGACGCUGUUCGGGCAGCUGCUCACCAAGAAGCACUUCCUGCUGACCUUCAUCCGCACGCUGGAGGCCCAGCGCAGCUUUUCCAUGCGAGACCGCGGGAACGUGGCCUCGCUCAUCAUGACGGCCCUGCAGGGCGAGAUGGAGUAUGCCACGGGUGUGCUCAAGCAGCUGCUGUCCGACCUCAUCGAGAAGAACCUGGAGAGCAAGAACCACCCCAAGCUGCUGCUGCGGCGGACUGAAUCAGUGGCGGAGAAGAUGCUGACCAACUGGUUUACCUUCCUUUUAUACAAAUUCCUGAAGGAGUGUGCAGGAGAGCCCCUCUUCAUGCUCUACUGCGCCAUCAAGCAGCAGAUGGAGAAGGGCCCCAUCGACGCCAUCACCGGUGAGGCCCGCUACUCCCUGAGCGAGGACAAGCUCAUCCGGCAGCAGAUCGACUACAAGACACUGACCCUGAACUGUGUGAACCCCGAGAACGAGAAUGCUCCCGAAGUGCCAGUGAAGGGACUGAACUGUGACACGGUGACGCAGGUUAAGGAGAAGCUGCUGGACGCCGUGUACAAGGGCGUGCCCUACUCCCAGCGGCCAAAGGCUGGGGACAUGGACCUGGAGUGGCGCCAGGGCCGUAUGGCACGCAUCAUCCUGCAGGACGAGGACGUUACCACCAAGAUCGACAAUGACUGGAAGAGGCUGAACACUCUGGCUCACUACCAGGUGACGGACGGGUCCUCAGUGGCGCUGGUGCCCAAGCAGACGUCCGCCUACAACAUCUCCAACUCGUCUACCUUCACUAAGUCCCUCAGCAGAUACGAGAGCAUGCUGCGCACAGCCAGCAGCCCCGACAGCCUCCGCUCACGCACGCCCAUGAUCACGCCCGACCUGGAGAGCGGCACCAAGCUGUGGCACCUCGUGAAGAAUCACGACCACCUGGACCAGCGGGAGGGCGACCGAGGCAGCAAGAUGGUCUCGGAGAUCUACUUGACGCGGCUGCUGGCCACCAAAGGCACGCUGCAGAAGUUUGUGGAUGACCUGUUUGAGACCAUCUUCAGCACGGCGCACCGGGGCUCGGCCCUGCCACUGGCCAUCAAGUACAUGUUCGACUUCCUGGACGAGCAGGCCGACCAGCACCAGAUCCACGACUCGGAUGUGCGCCACACCUGGAAGAGCAACUGCCUGCCCCUGCGCUUCUGGGUGAACGUGAUCAAGAACCCACAGUUCGUGUUCGACAUCCACAAGAGCAGCAUCACGGACGCCUGCUUGUCUGUGGUGGCCCAGACCUUCAUGGACUCCUGCUCCACGUCUGAGCACAAGCUGGGCAAGGACUCGCCCUCUAACAAACUGCUCUACGCCAAGGACAUCCCCAACUACAAGAGCUGGGUGGAGAGGUACUACGCUGACAUCGCCAAGAUGCCCGCCAUCAGCGACCAGGACAUGAGCGCCUACCUGGCCGAGCAGUCGCGGCUACACCUGAGCCAGUUCAACAGCAUGAGCGCCUUGCACGAGAUCUAUUCCUACAUCACCAAGUACAAGGACGAGAUCCUGACGGCCCUGGAGAAGGACGAGCAGGCACGGCGGCAGCGGCUCCGCAGCAAGCUGGAGCAGGUGGUGGACACGAUGGCCCUGAGCAGCUGA